AUGUCGAUCAAGGAAUUUGUAUCUAUAGCAUUCACCUCAAAGGAAUUAACUACGAGACAAAAAUGGAUACUUGGGCUCAUUAACCUUUCAUCUGUUGUCGUGUUUUGGGUGCUAUCUUCAUUUCUAGUGAAUGAUCUAUUCGAGACUGAUAUAUACAGAAAGCCGUUCUUCAUAACCUAUAUCAACACUGGAUGUUUUGCCUUCUACCUCAUCCCAUAUUUAUACCACGAAGAUAUACUGUUAAGAGAGUUUAUCAGGAGAGUAAGGGAAAGCUAUGAUAAGGAAAGAAGACAGAGCAUCGACAAAUUGCUGUACAUCAGGUUGUCAAGUAAUUUGGAAUCGUCUAGUUACGGGUCUAGUGACCAUUUAUCAGCGUUAGAGCUGCAGACUCCUCCUUCCAUCAAUAACCAGCUAGGAGGACUUAGCGUAGCUGGUUCCAAUCGUGCCGUAUUUGAAAGUUUGGGAACAGACUCACCACCAUCUGGAAUAUCCACACCUAUUGAACAGAGUGAUACCAAUAAUACUACGAACAAUCUGAGCGAAGUUUUAUAUGACAUUCCCCUUUAUGAAACUAUCAAGCUCUCACUUCAAUUUUCAAUACUUUGGUUCUCGGCCAAUCUCGUCACCAAUGCUUCACUUUCAUACACUUCCGUGGCGUCUCAAACAAUCCUUUCCUCCAGUUCAUCUUUCUUUACCCUAAUUGUGGGUUACAUCUGUUCGGUAGAGAAGAUUAACACAAACAAAGUAGUUGGACUUAUACUUUCCUUCAUUGGAGUUAUUAUAGUGACCAAAAUUGAUUCUAACGAUCCACCGUCUUCAAUAUCACCCCUUUCUACCCUCUGGGGUAACUUAUUGGCCCUUGGUGGUGCCCUUUUCUACGGAGUCUACACCAUUUUACUCAAGUUUAAAGUCAUGAUCAAAAACUCCAAAAAGGAAAGGGUGUUGAACACGCAUUUGUUUUUUGCAUUCGUUGGUAUCUUCACCCUUGUGCUCUUAUGGCCAAUACUCUUCAUUUUGAACUUUACUGGUCAUGAAAAGUUUGAGUUACCUAAGACGUCGUACGUGUAUACCUUAUUGCUUAUCAAUGCCUUGAUAACGUUUGUGUCAGACUUGUGUUGGUGUAAGGCAGUUUUGUUGACCAGUCCAUUAACUGUGACCGUUGGAUUGUCGAUGACUAUCCCCUUGGCAAUGAUCGGAGACUGGCUCAUUAAAGGUUUCACAGUGAACUUUCUUUACUUACUAGGUGCUACAGUGGUCACCGUUGGGUUUUUGAUCAUUAACAAGGAUGAAGAGGGAGAUUUCGUCCGUGAAGAUAACUAA